AUGAUAUUCAAAUGCCGAGACAUUCCUCUGAUCGAGUACAAAAGCGAAGUGUCGAUUGACGCAUACGAGCAGAUUCUACGACAGCGAAAUAUGAGGGGCCAAUUCACGAAGGAGAACGUCUUUGUAAUAUGUCCUCUGGACUUUUCGCAGACUGAGUUUGAUGAAGAAAGUGGUAAUUUAAUAUCCUCGUCGAAGACUGAUGAAAACUGCGCAAUUGUUGAGCGUGCUGCAACACAUACCUUAUUGUCGGUUAUCGAUUCCGCCACUGCACUGGAAAAGGAGAUUGGCCAAGAUAACAAAACACAAAGCGUCGUUGAUGAGAACUCGUCACCUAAUGCCGACGCGGUGAAGAGAAUAUUAGAGAGAUUACGAGAAACGGCAACUCCUUAUGAAUGCUAUACUAUAGCAAUUACUCAGGCUAGGAAAAAAGAAACUGAAGAAAAAACCGAGGAGAAUGGUGAACAGAAGUCUCUGCCCACGGCACAAAAGAGAUACACUCACCAUGAUCCGGCAACGGAGAGACCUGUGGUGGCGGCUGUUUCGAGUGGCAUAGAGGGCGUAAUCGACCUCAGCGAUGAAGCGUGUGAAAAAGCCAGGUCGUCUUUUGCUGACUCCCAGUUACAGUCUAAGAAAGAGCUCAAGCGAGCCAGAAAAACCGCUCGAAAAAAUGUGGACAUUUCAACGGAGUUGCCUAAAGAGGAAGGUCCUUCGCAUACUGCGAAACGCAUAAAGAAGGAUGACAAGGCUGAAGGAGUUCCGUCAUAUACUGUGAACCAUAUAAAGGUGGAUGAUGAGGACGAAGAAACUGAAUCGUUCGACUACUCGAAGUUUGACAAGAAUGCUUUCAGUGAAAGUCACGUGUCGCGUGAUCUCCGCUCCUCAUCAAUCAAUAAUCCUCGCAUCGAGAACAAGAAAACUUCCGCCGACGAGUCGAGAUGA